AUGAACGUGCUUCACGGCAGCGACAUUAAGUCUCACGGGAAUUUGACAUCGGGGACCUGUCUAAUUACUAGUCAGCUAGUGCUGAAGGUCACCGAUUACGGUGAUGUCUACAGUUUUGCCAUUCUGCUGCAACAAAUUAUCCUUCGCUCUGGACCUUUCCGAUUAGAAGACUCUGCUAUCACCAACGACAAAGCUAGAGAAGUAGUUGCGGAAGUUCAGCACGGUUCCGUCCCUCCAUUGCGCCCGCCCGUUCCCAGUGUGGCUUGUAACCCGAGAAUUUACAGCCUCAUGGAAAACUGUUGGGAGGAGAAUCCAGAUGAACGCCCAACUUUCUCCCGAAUACGCUCCACAGUCAACCGGAUCAUCGGUCAGUCCGAGCGGAACUUGAUCGGUAGCUUAAUGAAAUCCAUGGAGAAGUACGCCAUCACGCUGGAAUCCCAAGUCGAGGAACAGACGCGCAAUUUCAUGGAAGAAAAACGCCGAUCCGAGCAAAUGCUGAGCUUCCUGCUUCCUCAAUCAAUCGCCGACGCAAUGCAGCGACGCGAAGCCGUCCAUCCAGAAAUGUUCGACAGUUCCACCGUCUGCUUCGCUGAUGUGCCCAUGUUGUCCGAGAUGCUCGAAAGUGGCUCCUCGUUAAAAUGGAUCGUUGAUGUUCUGAACUCUCUCUGCGGUAUUUUCGACACCGUAACCAGGAAGUUCGAGGUGUACGAUGUUGAAACGAUCAACGAUGCUCACCUUCUGGUUAGCGGAGUACCCAUACGGAAUGGUCAGGAACACGCCAAAGAAAUUGUGUGUAUGGCGGCGGAGCUACUGCAUGAUACCAACAAGCUAUCGGCACAUACGGACGGAUUGGCCAACAGACGCAGCAGCAGCAUAAGCUACAAGAAUCUUAGCGAAGAGUUUGACCUGCGAUUCGGAAUUAAUACGGGUCCCUGUGUGGCUGGCGUCAUAGGACUGAAGCUGCCACGUUACUGUCUGUUUGGAGAUACGGUCAAUACGGCGGCUAGGAUGAAAACAUACGGAACCGCUGGAAAAAUACAUAGCAGCUUAUCCACCAAGUACUUGUUGGACCAGACAUGUCCCGAUCGAUUUUUAUUUACCAGUCGUGGGAAAAUCGACAUAAAGAGCAAAGGCUUUAUGGAGACGUACUGGGUAGUGGAUAGCACGCAGCAACUUCCGUCCUGAACAGAAUACGGAUUCCCCGGUUGAUCCAUUAGCGGAAUUGGUUCCGAAAUGAACCACUUAAGCUCGAUUAUUUGCCGACCACACUUACCACAGAAAUCAUAGU